AUGCAACAACACGACUCGGUCAAGCCGCUAGUCGAGCGCAUCGUGUCGCAGCCGCUGCAGUUCCGCCGCGCGCGCGUUCCUGACGCCCUGGAGUCGAGGCCCGCGUCGUGCGUCGUGAUCAGCGCGGACGAACUCGCACCUACCGAUGCCCAAACCAGCCCACAACUCGCCAAGGAGCGCCAGACCGCGGCCGUACCGGCCGCGGCGGCGCGUACCAAGCGUGCUUUCAUGCCUAAAAGCUUCUCCGAGGCGCUCAAGAUGUACACCGCGCGCACGCCGGCGCACGACGUGGAGCUCAGCGACGAAAAGUACGACAGUUCCGAGGACGAGGCCCAAGAGGCCCACGACGCAGUUACGACGGAGCCGGACGUUCUGGAUACCACGGACGGACGUGGCAGCAGCAGCUCCGACGACAGUGAGGAGUUUCACGAGGCCAAGGAGUACGUGGGCGAGGGCGUGGGCGAGGGCGUGGGCGAGGACGUGAACGAGGACCUUGGUGAGGACAUUGGCGAGGAUCUCGGCGAGGACCUUGGUGAGGAUCUCGGCGAGGAUCUCGGCGAGAGUCUCGAGGAAAACGACCAGGCCGACCGCCGCGAGAUCCACGAAAAAUCUCAAGCCGACCCUGCGAACGACUGCGACGACGACUCCACCGCCAACUCCACUGCCGACCCGGUCGCUGCCAGCGACGACGCGUCUUCCCAGGACGACGCCGACUUUGAGCUCGACGCUCGCGACUCCGAAGACUCCGAAGACUCCGUCGACGAUAUUCCCGACGCCGAAAAGGCAAGCCUGUUCAGCGAAGCACAAGAGCACCUCAACAACCACCACGCGCCCUCCAACGUUGCUGCCGGCGAGAACGCGUCCAGCGAGGACCCUGAGCUCAAGCACAAGCUGCCUCUCGCCAAGCGCACCUCUCCUACUCCACCCACCACUCUACCCGACACGCAUGCCUUUUACCAGUUCAACGAAACCCCAGCCGAUCGCGGCAGCAACGGCUCUCUUCGCAUCGUCAAAAACUGGGGUCCCCAGCUCUCCACCAUGAAACCUCGCGGACUCCUAAACCACGGCGUCACCUGUUACACCAACGCUGCCGUUCAAGCCAUGCUUCACAUCCCCGCCAUUCAACACUACCUGUUUGCCGUGCUUCGUGGUCAUUACAAAGACACCAUCGCCCCAAACUCCGUCACACAAACGCUCGCCGAAACCAGCAAGCGCAUGUGGUCCCCAGAGGCCUCCAAAAACACUUUUAUAAACCCUAAAAAACUCAUUGGCCGGCUCGACGACAUCAAUUGCAUGAUGAGCGAAUGGCAACAAGAGGAUUCUCACGAGUACUUCAUGUCUCUCAUGUCUCGUUUGCAAGAGGACAGUGUUCCACGUGGCCACAAAAUGACCGAGAGUAUCAUAUAUGACAUCUUCGGCGGGCUCCUGAUGCAGGAAGUCACUUGCAAAAGCUGUGGUGAAAUUUCCAAGACCGAACAGCCCAUCUACGAUUUGUCAUUGCACCUGAAGGGUAGAAAACCUUCCACUUCCUCGGACAAUGCCAAUGACGACUCUGCGUCCACGGAAUCUCCCCAACGUCGUUACUCCAUCGAGAAAUCCAUCCGUGAUUUCUUCAACCCGGAACUCAUAAAAGUCGACAAAGAAAACAAAGAAGGUUACGUAUGUGAGAAAUGCCACAAGACCACAAACGCUUUGAAACACAACUCCAUAUUACGUGCUCCAGAGACGCUCUUGAUUCAUUUGAAAAAAUUCAGAUUUAAUGGCACUUCUUCCUCCAAAUUAAAACAAGCGGUCUCGUACCCAAUGUUUCUAGAUCUCACAGAGUACUGCGAUACGUUGAAGAAGCACGCCCCCGUCAAGUAUCAACUUAUCAGCGUUGUGGUUCAUGAGGGCCGUUCAUUGUCCUCGGGUCAUUAUAUCGCACAUUGUAAACAACCUGACGGCUCUUGGGCUACCUAUGAUGACGAGUACAUUAAUAAAAUCUCAGAGAGACAAAUGCUCAAGGAGCCAGGUGCUUACUACUUAAUAUAUACCCGAUUGACCCCCAAGAGUGUCAAAUGGCAAACGAAAGUGAAACCAGAUCAAUUGGGGGUGCCCAAUUCAACGGGUCCAGCAAAUCACACAACGAACAAUGAUGGAGGGAAAACAUUCAAAAAGAAGCGUAAAAACAAGAACAAGAAAAGGCGACUCAACAAAUAA